CUUUCUUCUUCCUCGCUCUUCUCUCUCUCUCUCUUUCUCUUUCUCUGUUUGACCCUUCUUCUUCUUCUUCUUCUUCUCUUGGGUUUUUGUUUGGGUUUGUUUGGGGUUGGAGUAGUAAUAACAAUCAACAAUGGCGAAGGUGUUGGCGAUGAAGCUCGUCUUCUCAUUCUUCAUCGCCUUCGCUUCUCUCUCUCCCUUCCUCGUCAGAUCUGACUCUUCAGAUCACCGCUUCAAGGAUGGAGAUCUCGUCCCUCUCUAUGCCAACAAGGUUGGCCCUUUUCAUAACCCCAGUGAGACGUAUCGUUAUUUUGAUCUGCCAUUCUGUUUGCCAGGUGAUUUGAAAGAGAAGAAGGAAGCUCUUGGUGAAGUUUUGAAUGGGGAUCGUUUGGUUAGUGCUCCUUAUAAGCUUGAGUUCCAACGGGAUAAGGAGUCUGUGGCGGUUUGCAAGAAGACACUCAAAAAGGAAGAAGUGGCACUGUUUCGAUCUGCUGUACGCAAGGACUACUACUUCCAGAUGUACUAUGAUGACUUGCCUAUUUGGGGUUUCAUUGGGAAAGUUGAUAAGGAGGGGAAAGACCCCAGUGAUUAUAGAUACUACCUUUACAAGCAUAUUCAUUUUGACAUCUUUUAUAACAAGGACCGCGUCAUUGAAAUCAACGUACGAACGGAUCCAAAUGCUCUUGUUGACCUUACAGAGGAUAAUGAAGUUGAUGUGGAAUUUUUGUAUACUGUAAAGUGGAAGGAGACUAACACUCCUUUUGAUAAGCGGAUGGACAAGUACUCUCAAUCAUCCUCGCUGCCUCAUCAUCUGGAAAUCCACUGGUUCUCAAUUAUAAAUUCAUGCGUGACAGUCCUCCUUCUAACUGGUUUUCUUGCAACUAUUUUGAUGCGGGUCCUUAAGAAUGAUUUUGUCAAGUAUGCCCAUGAUGAGGAAUCUGCUGAGGACCAGGAAGAGACUGGUUGGAAAUAUAUCCAUGGAGAUGUAUUUAGGUUUCCCAAGUUCAAGUCUAUAUUCGCAGCUGCCCUUGGCUCUGGUUCCCAACUGUUUACCCUUACGGUAUUCAUAUUCAUAUUGGCACUUGUUGGUGUAUUUUAUCCUUACAAUCGAGGAGCUCUAUUUACUGCACUGGUUGUCAUAUAUGCACUCACUUCUGGAAUUGCUGGCUAUACUGCAACCUCAUUCUAUUGUCAACUGGAAGGAACAAACUGGGUUAGGAAUCUGCUAUUGACUGGAUGCCUUUUCUGUGGACCUCUGUUUUUGACAUUUUGCUUCCUGAACACUGUUGCAAUUGCUUACAAUGCUACUGCUGCCCUCCCAUUUGGCACAAUUGUUGUUAUAGUUCUCAUAUGGACGCUUGUUACGUCUCCUUUGCUUGUUUUGGGCGGGAUUGCUGGGAAGAAUAGCAAGGCUGAAUUUCAAGCUCCUUGUCGCACAACUAAAUAUCCAAGGGAGAUUCCACCUUUGCCAUGGUAUCGCGGAACAAUUCCUCAGAUGGCAAUGGCAGGAUUUUUGCCUUUCAGUGCUAUAUACAUUGAACUUUACUAUAUAUUUGCCAGUGUUUGGGGUCACAGGAUUUACACUAUCUACAGCAUCCUGUUCAUUGUCUUCAUCAUUCUCUUGAUUGUUACUGCUUUCAUUACUGUGGCGUUGACAUACUUCCAGCUUGCUGCUGAGGAUCAUGAGUGGUGGUGGAGAUCAUUCCUAUGUGGUGGUUCAACUGGCUUAUUCAUCUAUGCCUAUUGUCUGUAUUACUACUAUGCGCGCUCCGAUAUGUCUGGAUUCAUGCAGACCUCGUUUUUCUUCGGAUACAUGGCCUGUAUAUGCUAUGGUUUCUUCUUGAUGCUUGGAACUGUUGGAUUCCGGGCAUCUUUGCUCUUUGUUCGUCACAUAUACCGAUCCAUCAAGUGUGAGUAGGCAUUUUGUUCUCUCACGUCCUCUAGAGCUAUUUUCUUCAUUUCAUAGGCAUUCUGUAGAAAAUUAUAGUAAUUUUGCAGUUCUUUUGUGUAAUAUAAGGGAAGCUGGGUUGGGUGGGUUUCUGGCUUCCAGAGCUACUUGUUGGAUAUCACAAAGGGUACUUUUGGGGAUAACGUCUGUACUACCAUCUCUUUAACAAAACUCUUGCAAUCCUUCUUUUUCUUUUUGGUCUUUUUGAACUUGCUACAUCAUUUCAAUUUUCUAGCUGUGUCAAAACAACUACA